GGGGACUUUGUCAGAAAGUCUCGUUGGUGGUUUCACGUCGUCUCUGCGCCCUUAUUGCUUCUAGGCUCUUUGCUUUCUGUUUUGCCUGUUUCUUGUUAGUUUUUUUGCACUACGUUUUUUUUGUGUGUCUUUUUUCACGUUUGUUGUGCUACGUUUUUGUCUAGACUUUUUUUUAUGCUAGCGUUUUUUGCCCCUAGUUUUUUCUGGAUUGUUUUUGGUUUAUUUUGACUCCAAUUAAAUCAUUUUUUAUUUAUUGGAUUUUCUGGUCUGUGUUCUGCUUUUGGAUCCAAACUCACCACGUCUCGCCUCCCAUAACAAUUAAGCCAUGGAGGAGCCAGUAUGGCUGAUAAGCAGCGAUUCUGAAGGACAGCUCUGUGUUCUGAAGGAAGCUAAAAAGAUCCUGGAUGAGAUUACUGAACCAGUUAUUGUAGUGUCUGUAGUGGGACUCUACCGCACAGGGAAGUCUUACCUCAUGAACCGUCUAGCAGGACGACAAACGGGCUUUGCUUUGGGCAACACCAUAGAGUCAAAAACUAAAGGCAUCUGGAUGUGGUGUGUUCCACACCCCAUUAAACCAGGACACACUCUGAUGCUGUUGGACACUGAGGGACUUGGGGACGUGCACAAGGGUGAUGAAAAGCAUGACACAUGGAUCUUCUGCCUCGCUGUCUUGCUCAGCAGCACUUUGGUCUACAACAGCAUUGGAACCAUAGACAACCAUGCACUUGAGAAGCUGCACUAUGUGACAGAACUGAGUGAGAAUAUCCGGGUGAAAGCACAGACGAGUGGUGACCAUGAUGACUCAAAAGACUUCAUGCGAAUCUUCCCCUCCUUCAUCUGGACUGUGCGAGACUUCAUGCUGAAGUUGGAGAAGGAAGGCAAGGCCAUCACAUCUGAUGAAUAUCUGGAAAGUGCUUUGACACUUAAACCUGGUUCUUCCAAAACUAUUGAGAAGUUCAACCUCCCCAGGCGCUGCUUGCGUGACUAUUUUGCAGAACGGCGGUGUUUUGUAUUCCCACGGCCAGCUGGAGAUGAUGACCUGACAAGAUUGGAGGAGCUGUCUGAGAAAGAUCUUGACAAACGCUUUCUGCAGCGUGCUGAUGAGUUCUGCAGCCAUGUGUUUAACAGUACCAAACCAAAAACCUUAACAGGGGGACGGGUGCUCACCGGCAGUGCUCUGUGCAGUUUGGCAGAGGUGUAUGUGGAGGCAAUUCGUAGUGGCCGGAUUCCUUGUUUGGAGAAUGCAGUGGCGGUUUUGAGUCAGAUCCAGAAUGAUCGGGCAGUGGAACAGGGCCUGCAGGUCUACCAGUGUCAGUUUUUUGAUCUAGUGUGCUUUCCACAUGACCCAGCUGAGCUAUCAGACAUCCACAGACAAGCAGAGAUGGCAGCAGUCGACGUCUUCAUCAGGACUUCCUUCAAUGACACUGAGCAAAAAGCACAGCUGAAACUUAUGGAACAGAUCCAUAUUGUGUAUCAGGACCUGUGUGCUCAGAAUAAUGAGGAGUGUUUGAAGGUGUGUAAGCUGAAGCUGAAAGAGGUGUUUUCUCCUCUGGAGGAGGCGAUGAGUGAUGGCUCAUUUAUGCACCCUGGAGGCUACAGCAAGUACCGCAAUCAAAUCCAGAGCUCCAUAAAGAAAUACAGAGAAUGCACACACAAACAGUUGAUGAGCGAGGAAGUUUUGAGUGAGUAUCUGAAGGAGAAGGAUCAGUAUGGGAAGACUAUUCUUUUAGCUGAUCAGUGCCUCACUGAAGCAGAGCAAAACAAGGAAGUGGAGCGUUUGCAAAAGGAGCUUCUUGAGCAGAAAAACAAAUCUUUAGUAGAAAUGCAGCGGUUUCAGGAGCAGGUGUUCCAGGAUCAGCAGAGGAGCUAUGAGCAGCACGUGACCAUGCUGGUGGAAAACCUGGAGAAAGAGAGGGCAAGAGCAAAGGAGGAUAUCGAACGAGUGGUGGAUGCUAAACUUAGAGAACAAAGGGUUCUGUUGGAAGAAGGGUUUAAGGAAAAAUCGAAUCAGAUGAAUGAAGAGAUUGCAAGUCUGAAAAGAGAGGCCAGAAAUGAAGAUGAGUCAAAGCAGUCUACACUCAGUAAAGUAGUGGAUGGUUUGGGCACUGCAGCAGCUCUGGUUCUGCCCGGAUUCGUCCCUAAAGUUGUUGGUGUUGCUGCAUCAUUCUUAUCACGAUUUUUUUGAGCAUUUAAUUGCUCAAUGCUCCAGUCACUGGCUUAGCAUUUUUUAAAAGAAGUAGUUGUACGCUGGUACCCACAAUUCUGAUUAUUUGCUAAAAAUUUUAGACUAGGCAAAUUUGAAAUAAAAACAUAAAUCUAGAAUCCCAGGGUAAAAGGUGAGCAAAUCAAUGGAACAUAAGUUUAUAUCUGUCAAGUAGCAACAACUUGAAAGUGGUAAUUAUUAUUACAAAGGAAUUUAAAAUGCAGUUGUAAAUGAGGAUAUGUGUUGAAGCCUUAGGACUAUUUGUGGUCAUUUGUUUGCACUGAUAUGUUUUUUUUUUUUUGGGGGGGGUUCCCAGCAUUUUCAGGUUUUUUUUUUUUUUUAUUGUUUCACAUGCACCUGAAUUAAUGUUGCAUUUAAUCCUUUACAUUUUUUAAUAGUUCUGCAGUUGUUCCUGUAUCAAGUUAUGUAGUCUCUUCUAACAAUAAUUUGAUGAAAAUUGUUGAUGAAGCCUGAAAAAGUUACCACAGAAAUUUUGAUAAUGAGAAACUUACAUUUUAUUUGACCACAAUCUAUAGCAGGCCUGGGCAUUUUACAGCCCGCAGGCCGCAUCCGGCCCUUUGGUUCAUUCUGACCGGCCCGCGUAAGGUUAAUUAGAAAUUACAAAAUAAACGUAUUUUCUAAUUUUACCUCAUGCAUGGACUGAAUGUGCAUUGCUUUUAUUUUGAAGUUGUGUUCAACAAAAACGCAAUGCGCACGACAUGAAAAUGACAUGAAAUCCCACGAAACCUAAUCCUGUGAUAACUACUUCCGUAAUUUGUCCAGACCAACCACAAACUUGUACGUCAUCCUUCAAACAGUCCAGCCAAUCACAUAGUGUGACAUCACCAGCAGGCGCCGGAGCCGAUCUCCAGCGAAAAACACCAAAUGAGGUGAUUAAACUACAAAUGUGGGCAUCAUUAUUAUAAUAUGAUGUAUCUUGCUUGAUAUUUGGAGUAGAAAGAUAAUAUUGUGAUGUCUUUAUUGUGUUUUGGGGUGAAUGUGAUUGAAAAAAAAAAAGGUACAAACGUUCACAUUUUGUUAACCAUUGUUUUGGGAAAUUUGAUUGAAUAAAUCUCAUCUCAUCUCAUUAUCUCUAGCCGCUUUAUCCUUCUACAGGGUCGCAGGCAAGCUGGAGCCUAUCCCAGCUGACUAUGGGCGAAAGGCAGGGUACACCCUGGACAAGUCGCCAGGUCAUCACAGGGCUGACACAUAGACACAGACAACCAUUCACACUCACAUUCACACCUACGGUCAAUUUAGAGUCACCAGUUAACCUAACCUGCAUGUCUUUGGACUGUGGGGGAAACCGGAGCACCCGGAGGAAACCCACACGGACACGGGGAGAACAUGCAAACUCCACACAGAAAGGCCCUCGCCGGCCCCGGGGCUCGAACCCAGGACCUUCUUGCUGUGAGGCGACAGCGCUAACCACUACACCACUGUGCCGCCCGUGAUUGAAUAAAUGACAUAUUUUUUUUUGUAAGGCAACCUCGUUUUUUCCAUACUCUUACCAGUCUUAGCAGCUUGUAAAAACAAUGUUAUUUAUUGCUUUAUAUAAAGAAAUACAAUUAAUAUUAUGCAGAAUUUAGUUCAGCCUUUUGGUCCGGCCCUCCACAAAAUUUUCUGUUUCUCAUGUGGCCCCAUGGAAAAAAUAAUUGCCCACCCCUGAUCUAUAGUGUGUACUCCAGCAGUGUGAUAAUUCGAACAUUUAGGAUUGAAUAAAUGAUCGUAUAGCGUCAGACUUUUUUCCCCCAAUAUGUUCAAUACUCAAACCCCAUAAACUGUUUUCCAUAUUAUAGUAGCUACAUUAAAUUUCACAUUAUAGUAUCAGUAUGUCACAUGCUAGAGUUCAUUAUCAACAAUGUGAUGGGUGGGAGAAAUCAUUCUCAAAAAUGCUUGUGUGUUUGUUUCUUUUUUAAAUUGCUCAGUGCCUUUGUCACUGUUGUCUAGGCUUGUAGUACUCGAGUCCAACUCGUGCCCUAAUUUUAAGGACUCGUGACUCAACUUGGACUUGGCACUGAUGACUUGGACUCGGACUCAUGCAUUAACUGCAUUCAGACUCGUAAAUUGGAGACAAGGACUUGGAUUUUUCUUGAUUUUUUGUAACGCCAUAAUAAUUUGGCACAAGAUAUUUAUGUCUACAUUAAUUUUUCUACUAAUUUCAUGCAAGUGUGUCAAAUGUGCCUUGGCACGUGUAUCAGAUAGACUCUCGGGCGUUCUCCGGACAGUGCGCGCACCAAGCAGACUCUUGCGUGCGCGCCAUAAGCAACUCGCACCUGCACAAGAUUAAGGCGCAAUCAGCACACCCAUAUAAAAACUAUGAAAACACACUUACUUUGCGAAGUGUUGUUGCGUUGCUGACACAUUACCAAGUCUUAUUUCCUUGUCUGGUUUCCUGAUCCCUGAUUUCCUGUUUCUUGACUUUGAUUCUGCCGAGUCUACCAUAGCCUGUUUGUGCCUCGCUCGACCUAUUGCCUGUUUCACCGUUUUACAAUUUUGCCUGUCGUUCUGGGGUAGGUUUCCUGAUAAUGUUGCCCUUUAGGGCUAAAGAGAGAGCUGAGAGACUCCUCUUCAGCAACGAACAUUGUCUCUGUACAUGGUGUUCCUGAACUCACUCAUCUGAAGGAGUCUUAAUAGCAACAUUAUGAAGAGCUUCUUUGCAAUGUGCGUCACAUACUUUUGCCACUCACAGAUAUGUAAUAUUGGUUUAUUUUCCUCAAUAAAUAAAUGACCAAGAAUAAUA